GGGAAUCCCAUUCCAGCCUCUCACGUGAGCUGACAUUACGCAUACGGUACCGGUAACUUACCAGCCACGCCGAAAGAGCUUGCUUACCUCAUUCGCCCUCGCUCUUCCUCUCUCGCCCAUCUCCUCCAAAGCAGCUUAUACACGAAGUAUCAGGCCUUUUUUGCGCUUGAAUCUCUGUCAUCGAUUCGUCUCCUCUUGCACUCGUUGCCAUCUUCCCCUCUUUUUAUUCGAAUUGAAACGCGCCCGUCAUCGACGCGUUCUUCAUUGCUGUUCGUACCUCGAUGCAGCCCGCACUAGCUCCAGCGCCGCAUCCAGGCAUGCAACCCUCUGCUCAGGAUCAUGCUGAUCAAGUACUGCAUGACCAACUCCUAGCUGCCCAGCAGCACCUAUCUGCCCAUCAACACCAGGCUCCCCCGCGGACGCAUCCUUCUGCACCUCAGCCUCAUACGGCGAGUCCACGCGACCAACAUAACAUUGACCCUGCCAUUGCGGGGCCCUCGUUGCUGAGCCGUCCUCCAGAGCUUCAAGCCCGACCAGAAAGCCCCAGCGAUGAUGGCGUGAAAACUUAUGGCAAGCGGCCGUUGUCGACCUCGAAACGUGCUGCACAAAACCGUGCCGCACAGAGGGCAUUCCGUCAGCGUAAAGAGACUUAUAUCCGCAAGCUGGAGGAGCAAGUGAAACAGUUCGAACAAAUAACGGAGAGCUACAAAGCGCUACAUGCGGAGAACUACCAGCUGAGAGAAUAUAUUAUCAGUCUGCAGUCUCGUUUGCUGGAUUUGCAGGGCGAAGUACCCGAGCUUCCCCCGAAUAUCGAUCUCAGCCAACCACGACCAGAGCUGCCCAUUCCCUCUCCUACCGGCGCUGCACCUGGUCCGGCAGGGUCUCCGCACACAAGCGCGCCUCCCUCGGCGGCCCAGCAGGGCCAUCUACCUCACGGCCAGACUCCCGGGCCAAAUGAUGACUUAAAUUCCCUAAAUCGUAUAGCAGUUGCUGGUCUUGGGAUGCGCAAGCAUCCUAAUGAAGACCCAAACUAUCCACCGAACAACAUGGAGGCCAAGCGCAUGCGCAACGAUGGCAACCAAGCUGAUGCAUCUGGAGUGCCUAAAUCCGAGCCCCCAAAUGGCCUCCCGGCUGUAUAGGUUCAUUUGCCUACACGUACAAGGGUACCAUAUGUCCUGGCAACGGUCACUUGACUACGUUAACAGUAUAUGAUAUUGGAAUAUUUGCCGUUGCAAGGGUGCCGUCUUGUUUGGACCCCUCUUCCUAUCAUCCUUGUUCUAAUAUGCGGAGUCCGGAGUGAUGAUAUUACGGUGCGAUUUUGGCCUCGGGCUUUCCUGUCCCUUCAUUCGUGUCUUCCUCCCUAUUCUGCGUGCCUGUUCUUAUUAUAGUCCUUGCACUUGAAUUGUUUCAACCGACGCCAUGGAAAGGGAAAUAGUUCCCUGCUGACGUCGAUGUCUGGAACAGCUAUAACUGGAAGUUUGCCAUUCCUGUUACGAUUCCCCUUUUUUUGAUUCUUGUUUCUUUAAGUAAUGUACUCGUUAUACUGAUCUAGUGGCUUCCUGGCCUUCUCAUCAACAUAACGAUGAAAAUGAAAGAAAAAAAAAUUUACUUGCAUUAAUUUUGGCCAGCUUGAUCCAUGAGGUUUGGCACUCAUUACCCCCUUUCAGAGAUCCGUGGUUUGAUAAGCAGGCCUCAGACACUAUUAAAGCCUUGUUA